GCUUAGGGCGUGCAUAAAUAAAUCCCGACAUGCGUGGCUCCCAAGGUGCAUGCGCUCUGAGGAAUUUCUUCCGUCCCCAGCGCACGAAAUUCGGAGCCAAUGGGCUGGAAAGCAAGAAUGAAAAUGUGCGCACGAGAUUAUGGUAAGGUUAUCCACAUUUCAAGGGUGGAGGAAGGAUCUCCCACGCACCCAUGAUGUCUAGGAAGCGGAGGAUAAAGGAAAGGGCCUUUGAGACAGGAGAGAAAGUUUGCCAAUCUGGCGGCUGUCGCUACUCAGCACUUGCAGCGGGAGCAUCUCUGACCCAUGAAGGCCCAAAAGUUUUAAUUUUAGUCCAGCAGGGGUAUACAGCGUCGCUACUCCCAGCGCUCCGCUGUCGAUUAUUCGAAACGACGUGACUGUAUCUGUAUGCAGCGUGGACUGGACUGAAGCAACCCUUGUCAAAAGAGGGCGGGAAGCUGGAGUGUGAUAAAAAAAAGUCUGAUGUGGGAGAGUCUUCUGAGGCGCAACGAGCAAUGUUCUAGGCCCGAUUGGUGUAAGCGGUAAGCUGGUUACAAAAUAAGUUACGCCUACUAACUACGGGCCAAUGCGGCGUUGUCCUCGCGCAUGCCAAGCGAUAUAAUUCUGGCCAUGGCUGUAUUAGUUACCAGAUAACGAUACCUCUUGCUAUUUUGCGCAGUUGCGAGCAACUUAUGAAAAAAAAAAACCCAGAAAGCGGUAAUAAAAAAAACCCCCAGCGAUACAAUACUCAGGGAAGUUUAAUCUUUUUGAUAUUCGGCCUAAAACAGGGAGCAAUUGGGGCAGAAAAAAAAGCAACCUCUUUCUCUCAACUUUGCUUCCGCCGCUGCGCAUACACGACACCAACCACCCAAGCACUACACUCCGACCACCACUACUCCCUCCCCUCCCACGGUCUCCCGGCUAUUCAACCCAUCCCUGCUGUGGUCGCCUUUUCUCUUCGUCCAAUAACACGCCUCCACAGCGCUUUUUGCCGUGCAGCCCUCUAAAAUCUCAUACCUCAUCCGACUCCGACUCUGAAGCCAGCCCGUUCACCACCGCAGAAACCCUUCCCCCUUCCGACGCGCUGGGAAAUAACUCCAUCGACUUCGCUGUGGUUCCUUGACCCUCGAAUAUACCUCCUCCUCCCCCCUUCCUCUCUCUCCUCUAUUAUAAGCUAUGGGUGCGUGUGUCUCAAUUCCUCCUGUCCUCUUCUCGUUCCCUUUGCGCGACUAGCUUGCCUUACCCUUCCCUUUUUCGCGUGUCUUUCCGACAGCUUGUUAUACAACAAAUUGCCUUGCUUGCCUUCUUCCCGAUCCCGCCGUUGCCUUAUUCCGGCCGUGGCUGCAGCGCCUGAGCUCGAAUUUUUUCUUUUACUAUUUUUCCUAAAUAUAAAAUAUAUAUAUAUAUUUUUAUAUUAUCCAAUUCCUUUCACCUUUGUCAAUUCUUUUGUUUCUUGUGGACGACCCACCUAUUUAUCAUCACCUAUUUAUUACCCUUUUCAGCCUGCAUUCCCCAGGGUGAAAAGAAGAACGGCAAGCAGUGUGCUCUCCUUCCUGUGAAUUCCGACCAUUCCCCUUGCUUGGCCAUUUCUAUUACAAAACAUCCCUCCUCAAUCCCUUCACUCCCCCUCCUCUCCCCUCAUCUCCUCUCCCCUCCUCUCCCCUCCUUAUGCUUGACACUUGAUACGCCUUGAGAAGUCUCUCACACCCUCUGUUGAAUCAAUCCUGCCCCUCUUGAUCUUGGCUCCGGCGUCUGCUGCGCGAGUUCAUUCUGACCAUCACACUCUGACCUGACUGUCACUGUGGACCAAUACUCCACAUCUUCGCCCUUUUACUGUUCUCACCUUCCCCUUCUCCUGAGAUUAUUCUUCUUUCCUUCCUAUCAAGCUUCUAUCUGUUUGGUUCCCUACAAUCUCUGACUCAUCUUCCUAUUUUGUUCUCGGUUGCUUUUAGUCUUUUCGUUGGCCUAUUAAGACUUCUUGAGACUCACUUUAACCUUCUCUCAUUCCUAGGUGCAGCCGACGUGUAUCGACCCGCUCAAGUAAGUUCAACUCGCGAGAGGUCCCGUUCCCCACGUCGUCGCUCCCGUAGUCCACGUCGCGGCCGUCGUUCCUAUUCGCCUCGCAGUCGUUCCCGUAGUCGUGAGGACUACCGUCGCAACGAUCGUCGAUCCAGAUCUCCUGUGAGUGGUGCAGCUGGUGCUCCUGGACAUUCGAGCUCUGGAUACGGUGGACGUGGCCCUUCUGUUCGUUCUCUCGAGGAUCGUUCUUUUGCCAAAGAACAAAUGAUUCAAUCAGUGCGCGAAUCUUCCCAACAAGACCGCCGGGUCUAUGUUGGGAAUUUGUCAUACGAUGUCAAAUGGCAUCAUCUUAAAGAUUUUAUGAGACAGGCUGGAGAGGUACUCUUUGCCGAUGUCUUACUACUUCCCAAUGGAAUGUCGAAGGGCUGCGGGAUUGUGGAAUACGCAACGAGGGAGGAAGCUCAAAAUGCUGUAGCAACUCUCAGUAACCAAAACCUCAUGGGCAGACUCGUUUACGUUCGCGAGGACCGUGAGGCAGAACCCCGUUUCACAGGCCCACCUGCCCGUGGUGAUUUCGGAGGUCCUGGACGCGGGGGCUAUGGAGGCUAUGCCCCAGGCCCGGGCGCUAGUGGCGGCCGACAAAUCUAUGUCUCCAACCUUCCAUUCAAUGUAGGCUGGCAAGACCUGAAGGAUCUAUUCCGCCAAGCUGCGCAACAAGGUGCUGUUGUCCGCGCCGAUGUGCACAUUGAUCCUAGUGGCCGCCCGAAAGGUUCCGGAAUUGUUGCAUUUGAAAGUGCGGAUGAUGCUCGAAAUGCUAUCCAGCAAUUCAACGGGUAUGACUGGCAGGGUCGAACACUUGAAGUUCGCGAAGAUCGCUAUGCAGGAGCCGCAGGCUUUGCUGGACGUGGUGGUUUUGGAGGGGUUCCUGCCCGUGGUGGGUUUGUAGGUGGCCGUGGUGGGUUUGGUGGUGGACGUGGUGGUUUUGGCGGCGGGUUUGGUGGUGGAAGAGGUGGUUUCGGAGCAGGAUACGGUGGUGGCCACGGUGCUGGACCAGUAGAGGGGGGUGCAUCAGUCCCUCCAAAUCCAUUCACGGAUUUUGCAACUUCUGGUGGAGAAAGAAGCGCUACCAUCUAUGUCCGCAACCUUCCUUGGUCGACCUGCAAUGAAGAUCUAGUUGACCUCUUUUCAACAAUUGGUAAAGUUGAAAGGGCCGAAAUUCAGUAUGAGCCUAACGGCCGCUCCAGAGGUACUGGGGUUGUUGAAUUUGACUCCGCUGAAAACGCAGAGACUGCUAUCAACAAGUUCACCGGUUAUCAGUACGGAGGUCGUCCUCUCGGCCUGACCUUCGUCAAGUACCUGAACAACGGUUCUGCAGAUGCCGUGGGAGGCACAGAAGCGACGGGCGGUCUUACCCAAGACCAAAUCAUGUAAAAUGCUAGUUGUAUGGAGGUAAGACGGUGGAAGUAGAGCCUCCUGCAUGCGAAUUUGUCCUCACAAGAAAACCUGCCUUGUCAGCUACAAGCCAGCUCUUGGUUUAGGACUGCGUGGUUAUAUUUUAUCGUUUUCGCCUCGUUUAUUUGUCUUUGCUAUUAUUUUCCCCCAUUUUACAUCCCAAAAACGAAGGAAGGGUUCGUUUAGUUUGUUAUCGGUUCCUCGGCUUAAAAUACCGGAUGAGCGUGAUUUUUUCGUUCCCCCUGUUAGUUCCCCCUGUUACUCUAUCGCCUCUCUCUAGUUUGCUUGUCAGGUAUGGAUGGGUGAUGAGUUUGCCCGAUCUCUGUACUUGUUUUCUCCCCUUUCCACUUUCACGACGACGACACUUUUGUUUGUGCUCUUUGAGCCUUCCUUUGUUCAUGUCGCUUUAUCGCCGGGAAAUUUACUCUGCCUGAAUCUUGUCCUAUUUCCUUCUAGUUUUUUAAAAAAUUACGCUUCUAUUAUGCUUGCGUGCAAAAUUGUAACCCACACUGCCUAGCCUUUUUGUGUCUAUAUCAAUAUGUUUGCUGUAGUUUCUGAUAAUUACUCCCCAUUGAGUGAUGGGCUCCCUUCUUUUUAUAUUUUAUUAAUUAGGCUCUUAAACCAAGGCCUCAUAUUCCACUCAUUCGAUUCCUUGACACGUAGCAAAAAGCAGAAUGGUCCUUUUGUAUUAAUAUGAGAGCUAUGGUUAUUGACUGAGGCGGUUUCUGAGCUUGCCCGACAAAUAAUGCAAGCCCAUCA